CUGCACAAACUUGCAAGAAAAACUCGAAGGCUGUAAAAAAGUCAUCUGCGGUGCUAGCGUAAAGAAAGUAAUAUUCUGGAGGUGCGCUUUGCUUCAACAUGUCGAACAUGUCGAAUCGUGGCCAAAUCGAAAAUCAAGAGAUCCAACGUAUUUCUUGCUCUUUCCCCAACUUCAUCUGUCACAACUACAAUUCUUGCUGACUAUCUCCGAACCAGGACAAGAACUUCUACUUCUAGAACUUGUGAUAUAUAAAUACGAAAUGUGCUAGUGGUAAAAGUAAAUAUCGCCAUAUCUUCGACGAGUAACAGCAUCGAUACCCUUUCUUGGAGGCUGCAAUCAAAGAUUUUCAUUUUCAUUUUGAUUUUCUCGUUGGAAGACAAAAAAGAGCAUCUUUUCUCCUUGUGCUUGUCAAGAACGACACUCAACGCGUUAGUCUACCGUAUUCUUGGUGAAAUAUUCCUAAGCAAGAAAAUGAAGGUUUUUUCUGGAGGUUGUGGUCUUCGUCGCACGUUGGCUGCAAGUGCAGUCCUCGUGGCGUGUCUUGAUGGUGUGGCAGCAAAAAAAAUGUUUCUUUUGAACAAGCUUCCUUUCUUUGGCGGAGGAAGUAGCUCCUCAUCCUCUGCACCAGUAGCCGCCGUUCCAAGGGCCCCUGUUUCUGCUUCAUCUUCAGGAACAUCUUCUGGUUCUGCAUCAGCCGCUGUCGCGACUCGUCGAGGUCAUCCUGCUUCAUCUACUGCACGAACUCCUGAUUGGUAUCCUGACUGGUACCUUCUUUGGACGAAGGAGCAAAUGGAUUUGGCAAAGGAGUAUGCGGUCUUCUAUACGGAUUUCAAGAACAUGAUCAUACACGACAGUGGUCUUUCUAAAAAUGCGGCUCCUUCUCCUGACUGGAGUUUUCUUCAGGAGGACGCUGAGGAUAAAAAACUAUUCGAAGCCCUGAAAAUUGUAGCCAAAAGCGCACAUGCAGAAGUGGUAAAACUGCACGAUAUUUUUUUUAAGAUUCAUGUUGAACUCAUGUACAUGUCGAAUUAGAUCCGCAACGAAAUGAGACGUGGGCAGCUAGUACACAGAGUAAUCAUGCAUGGACAUGGUAUCGAGAUGAAGAUCUACUAUUUUCAUAAUCAAUCAGUGUGAAGCCAUGAUGUAGUUUAGCGUGAUCAUACUGCUACUUACUACAAUCCGGUCUUGUUCUAAUGUGUUUGGUGGAAAAAUUGGAGCAGCUGUCGAGGACGCUGAGUUUGAGGACGCGUUGAAUGCUUACGUAGAGACGAGCAGGAGUGAGGAGCAGGCAAGCGUCGUGCGAAAGCAGUAUCGGAAGCAGUUGGAAUUGGCUGACAAGUGCAUGUCGAAGUUGUUUUUCAGACACGAAGCUUUUCUUGACAAGCCCACUCCCAAGGUUGACCGUCUCUUUGUUAAGGCCCACUCCGAAUGUUGAGCCUUGUGAAAAAGUAUAAUUUCACUUGAUGAAUUUGAAUAGUAAGGUGUACUCAGCACCGUGUGCUUGUUCUGCUUUACAUUAGCUGAGACGGACAGCACUGUCAGACACGCACACGUGACCACGACAUUGCUCUGCUUCUAAUUUCAGUGGAGUAGAGAUGUUGAAGUUUUCAAGCGAACGAAAGAAUAAGCUUCAUCGUCGUUUCUGGAGUGAGACUGUGGCUGUCGGCUUCCACAAAAUCCGCAAGCAGGGCGAGCAGCGUAGGGAGUUACUAAGAAGAUUGUUGGGCGACAAUGACGGCAAACGCUCAUCGGACGCAGUCGAGAAACGUAAAAACUUGUAUCAGGAACUCAUGUGGCAACUCACCAGCGUGGCUUCGGAACUGCGUACUGACCUAGAAAAGAACAUAUUUAGCGAAGAGGACCAAGAUGCUACCGAUGACGAUGAAGGGGAACAAGAUGCUAGCGAUGAAGAUGAACAGAUGUCUCACGAUUCAGCUGAAGACUCGGACGAUUCAGGAACCACUGACGAAGAGUUACAAGCGGUAUUAUGGCGCGAUUACAAAAUGCUCGAUAAUAUGGUACUUAGAAAUGUUGUACAACUACAAGAACAAUAAUAUUUAAUAGCAAGAGUGAUAGCAUGUUUUUUAGGCUAUCGAUGUUAUCGCUGAAUAUGUACAAUAAGAAUUACAAUAAGUGACAAAUGUGAUCAAGUAGUACUCAGACGCGUAUUGGUCGAGAAGAUGAUCUUGGACUGAGAAAAGCAUCAAAUUGAAUCAUACAACUCGUAAGCAGCUCUAAGACCAGGGGAUGAAGAUGAUGCUUUUCCUCUGCGAUGGGGUACACUACUACUACCUCCUGGUGCUAACGGUACGGCUAACAGAGGAAAUGUGGCUCUAGGUUCAGAAUUACCUCAGGAAUUUCUUGCUCCCGUUGCGCGCAAUGAUGACAGCCGUCAGGAAGCAUCCGCGGCCGAUGAAUUCUUGUAUUUUUCUACAUCACAGAUUCAGACGCACCAUCGAUGAUGUAUAAUUUUGUCUGUGUCCCCUGGUGAGGUUUUUCUCCUUCACGUUGAGUAGAGUACUAAAGAUUUUUCAGAAGAGCACUAAUAUGUCUAUGAUCUUUCUCCCGUGGGAAUCUGUUGCGUGCGAGGUCGUUUUCUGUCAUCUCGUUAUUAUCGGAAAUCGUUCUUUCUGGAGGUAGCAAAGAUCAUUGUCCCUGCUGGUACAACAAAACCACUACAACUUCUACUGCUACAGUCGUAAAAUAUAAAUAGCACCAUGCAGGAGUACUACUAGUCCUCGCAAGUGCAUCUUUUUGCUAGGUCAGAUCGGAGACAUAUGACAUGACAAGUUCAUCUUCUCUCAUUCUCUAACCUUCAGGUCUGCCGACGAGGGCGAUGGCCCGGGCGCUGCCACGCAAACAGCUGCAGCGAAGAGCAACAAAGAGAGGAAGAAGGAGAAGAGGAAGCAAUUAAAGAGGCAGAAGAAACAGCACCAACAACAAGUUGGACAAAAAUCGAACUUUCCAAGCAAAGCUACGAGCCAUCAGCCGCAAAACCUAUCGAAGGUCAAUCCCAAGAUCGGAAAGACGAAGCAACCAUCGAAGGCACAGCAAAAGGCCGCCAAACAAGCUGCACGACGACAAGCGCGGAAUCAGAAGGGGAACAGGAGGAAAUAGAUAGGCGUAACUAAAGCGAAAAGGUGAUGACAAACAAUAACGAGCAGCAAGUCUAAGAAACAUAUUCUAGCAAAGUGAUGAAAAUACGUUUUGCGCAAGAACCAUGUGAGAUGGUCUAAGGACUUUAUAAAAGUAUCACGAUUAUCUUGGAGGCGAAAACCAUUGACGCACGUUAUGGGGCUAGCAUAUGCUACCCCUGUAACCGAACAAAAUCUAGCAGCUUUUCGUAUAAAAGCUACUAUUCUUUCGAAAUAUAGCAUAAACACAAAAAUAAGUACGUAAAUCUAGAACUACCAAGUAGAAGUAUCCAAGGUCUAGUUAGUAGUAAAUACCUGACGAGGACUCGUGAAAAAUUUAUUCAAUUACAGCCGAAUUGUAACUCAGGACGCAGUGAAGCACUGUGACUCUCCUGGCUUCCCUCACUUUAUUCUCUUUCAGGAAGUCUUGAGAUCAUGUGAAGCUCCUGGGACUCUUUCUUUAUUUUUUCUGAUAUCCAUGAUAUUGAUAGGCAAAGACGCGACGGACUAGUGCUGCUCAUUUUCAGACAGUCAAGGGUGAAUUUAGCUAUCGUUAUUUUGUGCUUUUUACUUCCCUUGUCGUGAGCAGGACUGCCGAGCGCCUUCGAGCAAAGCACUCCUCUGAAUAUCAACAUCCAAACCAUUGAAUUACAAAAAUACUACAAACAGUAACAGGAUUUAUUUUCAGCUGACGAACAAGCAUCAUGACAUGAGGAUGAGUAACGGAUUCUCUCACAUUCACCGUCAAGAUGAAUGAUAGUCCACCGCCAAGAAACCCAAGAUGCAUGAUUCAAGUGUUCGUUGAAGUUGUUGAAUUGAGCUCAACAUGUGCAUCAGCAUUAAGAACACGUCCAUCGCGGCGAAUCGUUGUUGUGCUGACCAAAUAUUCACGUGAAAGCGAAUGCACUUCUGUCACAGUCACAACACCGUCGAACGCCUCACUUACUGCACAAACUUGCCAGAAAAAGUUGAAGUCUG